AUGAAGUACACAACAGGACCGCUGGAGAGCUACACUUUCGGAUCCGGCAGCGAGGCACCCACCGAAGCAGCCAAAACUUUCGAUGUCGGCCGAGCAUUCCUGUUCAACAGUGAGACGCCAAAGUCCGAGAGCGAGGGAAAGUUGCAGGUCGAGCUGGAUUUGGCGAUUGCACGAAAGGAUGUGGCGGAAGCGGAUGUGACUCGGCUGCAAGGGGAGAUGAACGAGCGCAACCAGGAAUGUGAGAAACUUCGUCGUCAAAUAGACGAGGUCGAGAAGGAAGCCGACGACCUCCUCAAGGAGGCCAACAAGGAAUGUAAGGAGCUUCGACACGACAUCAUCGAGGCCAAUAAGGAAUGCGACCAGCUUGAGCUUCAACGCGACAAGGCCAAGGAUCUCUACAGGAAAUCUCUCAACGACCUUCAAGAACAGCGCGACAUGGCAGGUCGAUUUCAAGAGAGGAUCGAUAAGCUGGAGAACGAGUUAGUCAAGAUCAGAAAGGAGCUCGCGAAUCGCGAAGAAGAUGUUAAAGGUUUAGAGGAGGUCGCCGAAAAUUUCCAGAAGGACUUGCUCAAGGAGCAAAAGCUGCAUACCGUGACCAAGGAGGCCGCCGCCAAGGCUGAGAAAGAGUGCGCUGAACGAGAAAUCUACAUUACCCGCAUCGAAUCUCAACUCGACACUGCCAACAAGGAAAACGAGAAACUCAAGGCCGCCGACAACAGGCACGUAGCAGAGCUCAAUGCAGAGAAGCACAAGACUCGUCUCGCCGAAGCUGAGCUCAAGAGGGCGGAACUCAAGUUGACGAAGUUGGCACAGGAUGCUCAAAAUCUCGCCGCGGCGAAGGAUGAAGCCAUCGAGAACCAGACUGUAGAGGUCACGACCAAGGAUGCCCGAAUUACUGAAUUGGAGACCCAAAUCGCUACGGGUGCAGCCGAAGGAGUAGCAGACUUGAAGGCCGAGAUCGAGGGACUCCAUCACCAAAUCAGUCUCCUCCAAGCCGAUGCCCUUGAGCGCGCUCAAAUGCUGCCCGAUGCAUACAAGGACAAAGAUCCCGAAGACGACGACCGCAAGCCUCUCGGCGGUGAGAUCGCUUCAGAUGAUGGCCAUUCCUCCGACGAUGACAGCGACGAUUCUGAUUACGGCAAGAGAAUCAAGAUCGUUCAAGUUCCCGGUCCCGUGCAAACUCGCACCCGCUUCCGCGAUCGCCUCAUCAGAGACCCCAACCACUUGCGAGCUUGGUUCGGCCUUGAGCGUGAUGCUGCUGUCCUGAUCGCUGCCUUCUUCUACAGUGUGUUUCAGUUUCUCACCUCUCUCAGUCCCCUGGCUGCGAUUCGUGGACGAACUCCCGUUGAUGAGGAUCCUGUUGAUCGUGAGAAUGGUCGAGGACGUGCCGACGAUGUUGUAGAUGGAGGUCACCAAGGUGCCAGUGUCUCUAUUGAUUCCGAUGCUGCUCCAGGCGGACCAGUUCCCGGUACUGAUCCAACUGAUCAACCUGGUACCUCUGGCGACAAGAAGGAGAAGAGGGAUCUGAAAGACUUGAUUCCCCCUCUUAACCCAGCUCCUGACAACAGAGAGAAGUUACCUGAGGGUGGUAAGGGCGAUGGCAAGGGUGACGGAAAGGGUGACGGAAAGGGUGAUGGAAAGGGCGACAAGAAGGACGAAAAGAAGGACGAAAAGAAGGAAGACAAGAAGGACGGCGGUGGAGGACCUCCAGAUGGAGAUGAUCCAGAUGGAGGAAACGGUGGAGGAGGAGGAGAUGGCCCAGAUCGCGACCCGGCACCCCCUCGAUCAUUCUUCGACAUCAUCAACGCUCCCCGACCAGACAUCGGCGCCACGAUCCUCGGCAUGCUCGUCCAUCUCUUCGUCUACUACUUCAUCUACGUCUGCAUCUGCACCUACUUCGAACGCAACAUGUGGUUCCAAGCCAACGACACCACUCGCUCGACCCUCUUCCAGAUGCUUAUGCACCGCAACCGCUACUCUCACUCCUUCUGGCACUACCUCUUCUCCAACCCCUUCGCUCGUCGUAUGGACAACAUCCCCUUGCUGUUCGUCCAAGUAUUCGGUGUCAGUAUCAAGCCAUAUCCUCUUCCUGGCUAG